CAUGAACGGAGGAAAGGAUGCUCCUCUCCUCCUCUUUCCUCCUCAAGCAGGAGAUGCAGCCAAGUGGAAGCAUCAUGCAUCCGCGCCGCGGACGCGCGAACCUCCGCACCUGCUCCCGGACCAGCUGAGCAAAAAACACGCGUACGUGUGAAACUCAAAAGAGCUCUUUUUUUUGCCUUUCUUUCUUAGCUUGUUUCCCCCACCCCCGACGACAUCCUCUUUAAGGAUGCCCGGAGCACUGCUCUCCUCCCGGUCCCUCUACAUCGGCAUGGAGGUGGCGAUUGCCGUGGCAUCUGUGGUGGGCAACGUGAUGGUGGUGUGGGCGGUGAGGAUCAACAAAUCCCUGCGGGACACCACCUUUUGUUUCAUCGUGUCGCUGGCAUUGGCCGAUAUCGCGGUGGGGGCGCUGGUCAUCCCGCUGGCCAUCACCAUCAGCAUCGGGCUGCAGACGCACUUCUAUAGCUGCCUGCUGGUCGCCUGCACGGUUCUGGUCCUCACGCAAAGUUCCAUCCUGGCACUGCUCGCAAUUGCCAUCGACCGAUACCUGAGAGUCAAGAUCCCCACCAGGUACAAGCGGGUGGUGACGCCCCGGCGUGCGGGCGUGGCUGUGGUGGUGUGCUGGGCGGUGGCUUUCGUGGUGGGCCUCACGCCCAUGUUGGGCUGGAACAACCUCGGGCGUCUCCAGCAGAACGGCUCCGUCGGCUCCGACCUGCUCGUCACCUGCCAGUUCGAGAACGUUAUCAGCAUGGACUAUAUGGUCUACUUCAACUUUUUCGGCUGGGUGCUGCCGCCCCUCAUGCUCAUGCUGCUCAUCUACGCCGAGAUCUUCUACAUGAUCCACAAGCAGCUCAACAGCAAGAAGUUGACCGGCAGCCACAGCGACCCCAGCAAAUACUACGACAAGGAGCUCAAUCUGGCCAAAUCCUUGGCGCUGGUCCUUUUUCUCUUUGCCGUCAGCUGGCUUCCCCUACACAUCAUAAACUGCGUGACGCUCUUCUGCCCCGAGUGCCAGAAACCCAUUGUUCUCCUCUACAUCGCCAUCCUGCUCACCCACGGCAACUCGGCCGUCAAUCCCAUCGUCUACGCCUUCCGCAUCAAGAAGUUCCGCACGGCCUUCCGCAAGAUCUGGCAGCAGUACUUGUGCUGCAAGGACGCUCCGGCUCUAGAGAUGCAGCCCAGUGACAGAAAGUGGCAAAGUGUCAAUCCCGAGCAGGGGCGGUUGUCGCCGCCGAGACCCCCAGAGGAGAGCAGCCAGAUGCCCGCCGCCCUGCAGCAGAACCCGAGGAGCGAACCCCUGCAGCGGAAAGAACACCCGCCCUUAUUGGAGCUGAAUGCCAUUUAACCUUCAAAGCACAAGAACACUGGUUCUAAAUCUGGUCCGCCGCUUCCUCUUAUGUGCUCGCGGGAGGUGACCGACCCUGUCCUUCCAAAACACAGCGAAAGGAUUGAGCUUAACUCAGGAGGAACACACUGAAAUGGACCUUUUCACCUCGACAUCACAGGUACUGCUCGGUGGCAAAACUCCAGCCAUCUCCGAUGGCACCUCUUGUAAACAAACCCUUACGUCAUUUGACCAAGGCAGAGCAACUGAGAAAAUAGGGUGAAUGCCUUGAAUUGUGAUUUUAACCUUCUUUGUUACCAGUGUCAUAGUGUCAGUCUAAAAGAUGAUGUUAUGUGAGGUAAAAUACUUGAAAGGGAGACUCAGUGCUGAUGUCAUUUACAUUUCAACUAGUAAGCUGACUCAAAAAUAGAUGUAGUGGAAAUUCGGACAAAAUUAAUGUGAUCGUUGAGGGACUGGCUCAUUAAUUGACUUUUCUGUUGCUGGGAUUAAUGGCACAGAUGAGCUCCUUUGAUGCUGAACUUGAUAGUUGUUGUUGUCUACUAGUAGGCUAGCCAUAAAGCUUUGCUAAAUGACUCAAAGACAACUCAACCCAACAUUUUAUAGAUACAUGAGAAAAAAGGCUGACCACAAACCCGAUGAUGAGGUUUGGUUUUACGCCUAUCCCUUCAGACGUGGCUACAACUCCACCACGGACCUCCAUGACCUCCACUCCACCUUCAACAUUUCCGCUGUAUUAAUCUUGUUCUUUUUUAAGGACGUCGAAAAAUACCCAAACCUUUUGGUGUCCUUUUCUCAUCAUUUUCACUUCAAGUCAGCGGUAUCGCUUUUCUGCCACCCGGAAGUAUCCCGGUGCCUACGUUUGUAAAGAUUAAGAAAAGCUCUCUAAACCUGCAAUAAUUACAUAACGUUAUGAUGAUGACCUGCUGUCAGUUGUAGUUCUCAAACGUUUUGGGUCUGGUGACACCUUACAGGGGAGACAUUUUUCCCAAAACCUCUUCACAAUCCUAACUCCAACUAAACAUAACUCCCACAUUUACCCUUAAAUCAGGGACGGACAGUUUAUAUGAUGACGGGGGCCACAAUUCUUUUGUCAGCGCUACUAGGGGGCCACAUGGGCGUGCAACUUUCUUGGUUGAGAUUUCUCUUGCCGCAGCUUUUCACCAUUACGUUAUUAUUCUCUCUUCCUGCUGAUUUUCAUCAAGGCAUCACCACUCUUCUUUGUUGGAGAAGAUCUGGUGUUAUAGUAAGCGAUGUCUGCUAUAUAGUAGUGAAUGGUAUUAUUACAACUUAAAACUGUUCUAUUAUGGGAGAGGAAACGUAUUUAAAAAACUUUUUUUUAUUAUUAAUCUAGGGGCCACUCCGUGUGUGGGCGCUGGCCUCAUGUUUCCUCUACCACAUUUAAAAUGAUAAAAAAUAAAUAAAUAAAAACAAAAUCGCUAAAAUUAAUUGAGAGGCUACUCCAAGUGUGGCCUGCGGUCCGCCAGUUGCCCAUCAUUGCCUUAAAUGCUCUAAGAAUUCAAAAGUCACGUCUUUUCACAGAAAAAGUCAAUGUAACCAUAAAUUAUUUUUGGAAGGGGUGAAAAAAGUAAUAUUAUCGGAAUAAAGUCAUACUUUUUCAAGAACAAAGACUCUCGGAAUAUUUUACCUUUUAUUGAAGAGACAAAAAAAAGACAUCUUUACUCUCUAAAAAAUUGGACUAUAUUCUUGAAAAAAAAAUGCCUUUUGUUUUUGAAAAGAAUAGGACUUUAUUCCUGUAAUAAUACACUUUUUAUUAAAAAACACACCAAAAACAAUGACUUUGCUUUUACAACUAAUGCUUAUUUUAUGAUAUUUCACAAGCAUAUCAGAGCUUUUAAUUGGCCCAGAGCAAAGGUAGUGAAAAGUCGUUUGUUUAUUAUCUUUGUUUUCCCCAUAUUUUAAUGAUACAACUUAAUAAUUUAUUCCAAAUUAUUUUGCGGACCAUAUUGUGGAACCCAGUUUGAGAACCACUGAUGUAAACGAUGUUAUGCUCGAAGCUGUUUACUUUGUUUUUGUUGCAUCGUUGGGUGUAAAACGUGCGAGUUGACGUGAAAGAAGAAGAACACAAUCAACGGGGAAGGUUCUUCUUCUGUUUAAGGCUGGAUUUACACCGCAUCCUCCGUAAACACAAUUCGGCUAUGCAUCAUGCAAAUGGGAUAUCCUCAGGGUUGAAGUGACACAUAUUCCAUAUCAUUGUGUUUACAUUAAAUGAACACCUGAAAUGUUGUACCCGUGGGGGAUGUUGGUGUUGCAACACCCACACUUUCCCUCCAGGGCGUCGCACUCAUGGAGGAUGUGGGUGUGGUUGUGAGACAGUCUAGACCAAAUAUUUGUAUUAUUUAUUUCAAGUGUUCAGUUUCAACAAUGGACAGGAAAUUGGGUGGACAUGUCUGUCAUGACAGGAUGCACACAAAAAAAUCUCAAGGACCCAAGUCUGAUUUUGAAAUCUGUCAUGGGCAGUACGAGGAAUAGAAGCCAAAUGCAAGACUCAAAAGACUGUUCCAAACAACACCGUGUUUAAUAAACAGCAUGGGUUCAGUACACAGGUAGGCAGUCAGCGAAGGCAACGGUAUCCAAAAACGGACAGCAAAAAGACAAGUGCCUCGGUGAACAGCCCUGCCACGACCCCAUGGGAUAGAUUUUAGCCACCAAAGGCUUUGAGCGUGAAUAUUUUCAUGCUUCAAACUUUCCAGGUUGUGGAAGUGGUAUUUGAUCAACACUUUGUUUCUUUGUUUGUAUGUGCCCUGCGAUUGGGUGGCGACCAGUUCAGGGUUUUGAUUUGAAGCAGCUCAUAAAUUCCAGGGCUCGUAAUUUGACAAACUCCAACUAGGGAACACACACAAAUGAGCCCCAGUCAGAAGCAGGUAUCCCAGAAGAUGGGCAACAUUAAAUUGCAAAUAUUUUUCGAUUACAUCAUCUAAUGUAGGCGUAGUAUAACAUCAACAUUAUUUGGAGGAUUGGUUUUGAAAAGGGGGGGUGGAGGGGGUCCCUGAUUUGUUGCUUACAGCUUUAAAUGUGUUAAUGGUGGAAGCAUUCACACUUAUGUGAUUCUAUACUUUUUAACUUUAUUAUUUUUAUUAUCCACCCUACUGUUUUGAUGUUCAACUACUUCCACAUUUCUGGACCGAUUCAAACCAUUCCAACCUUCAACAAGGUCACACCAUUUUUCACAUUACAAAAAUUCCUGCAUUUUCCAUAAUUCCACAUUUUUCAUUCAUUCCCGAUGAAAUGUUCAACAAAAUAGUUCCACAUCACUCGCAUUCCACGUUCAAAAUGUUCAGCUCAUUCAGAAGUUUUUUCAAAACACAUUUCCACAUUGAAAAAAAUUAUCACAUUACCCAAAUCCCACAUUUUCUGCCAACAUUCCACAUUUUCACAUUAGAAUUCCAUGUUUUUCCAUGUUACAGUACAAUUCCCACAUUAACACAUAUUUGACAUCAUUUCCUCCUCUUUCAAUAUUUCUUGAGAAAUUCUAAUCUUUUCAACAACAAAGUAUUUUCUACAUUGCAAAAAUUCCCACAUUACCCUAAUUCCAUUUUUUUUCACCAAAAUUCCACAUUUUUCCACGUUCAAAUUCCCACAUUAAGACAUUCUACAUUUAUUCCCUUCUUCAUUAUUUCGUGACCCAUUUAAACAUUCCAACAACAAAAUAUUUUCCACAUUUUACCCAAAUUCUACAUUGUUCACCAAAAGUCAAACUUUUUCCACAUUCAAAUUCCCACAUUAAGACAUUCUACAUAAUACCCUUCUCCUUCAGCAUUUCUGGAACGAUUCAAACCAUUCCAACUACAAAAUAUUUCCCACUUUUUGAAAGUUCCCACAUUUCCAACAUUCCAAUAGCAUUCGAUAUCAUUCCACAUUUAACUGAAUACCAUUUCAGUUCAGCGUUAACUUUUUAGCAUUCGCAGACAAGAAGUUAUUGUAUUGUUAUUGUUUCGAGUUAUUGUGUACUUCUGCGUUGUCGCUGCCUCAAAUUGACACUUGACAAAUGUGUGCGACUUGAAAACACACUGACCCACCGUGUAAAUCCAGCCUUUAACGCUGAUUGGACGUGUUGUUAUAUGAAUGUAAUAUUAAUGUAAAUAGAUCACAUGACGUCUUCAGGGUCUUCAAAGCACAACAGUGACACACAAGUGGCGCAAUGGGACAAUAUUUUGCACAAAGGUGUGCAUGUGUGUGUGUGUGUGUGGAUACAAACUGUCAUCCCCUCGUCACCCUCAUUGAUCAAGCCGAGAUGAACAUGCGGGGACGACCACCUUCAGCACACAGAUGGCCCACUUCCCUCUCGGCGCCCCCACAGUGCCCAUACCCUCCUAAACGAACCGCCCAUUCAAACAUUUUCUAAUUUAAUGGGGGCAACUGGAUAAACAUGUCCCGCGCAUCAAUGUUCUGUGGAAUUGAACCCUCCUGUUAUGUUGCUGGAUCAAACUGACCUGGAUGUAAUUUUUGGGCAUGACAUUUCUGCUUCACUCAAUAACUGUAAUCAGUGAAUAUAAUUCACUUCAUUUCAAGUUGACUUAAUGAGAUGUAAAUGAUGUUUAUCAGGAUUUUUUCAUUCAGUCUUUUUGAUCUUUUUAAUGGGGACAAGUGGGAAAACAAAAUGAACAUGGUUAUUAUUUUUGAUUUGUUUUUUGGGGGUGAAUUUGACCCCAGGCUGCAUUAGCUGACAACUAAGGCAAAAAUUCUAUUAGUAAUCAAUAUCUUAACACUCCUGUUAGGUUAUGGGUCAAAUUGAUCAGAUUUAUUAUGUAUUUGUUUUGUUUAGAAACUUCUGCUUUCUUCAGCAAAGGGAAUCCCCUUAUACUUUACAAUGAAAAUGCUGUUGAAAGGUGCUAUUUAAAUCUAAGCUAUUCUAUUGCAAAUAAUGUUUAUCGUGUUUUUUUUUUUUUGCCCCACGUCAAAUUGACUUUAUAACAAACAUAACAGGAAGGUUAAACAUACAACAAAGGCCCAUUUGAAGGCACAUCAUGUGAUGUUAUGUCGUAGAAUGAGACUAGCAGUAGCUGUCAUUUAUUUAUUACACCGUUAAAUUUUGGAAGAAGUACUCAUGUUUAUCUUUUUUAUUCUGUGAAUGUGUAAAACUCACAGUUUGGGAAACCCUGAACACGAAGAAGCAAAAUAAUGCAGUUUGAAGCCAGUGGCGCUUCCUCUGCUUCUAGAAGACUUGGUAUGAGAUGUUGGAGUACGGCUGUGCAAGGUUUUACCUGCCAUCUCUGUUCUAUUCAACAAAAGACCAGCCUUACCCAAUGAAGACACGCCUGGCACCUCAACCAAGGCCCGCCUUGGCCAAGGGAUCAGAGAGAAUCCCAGCCUUUAUACACGUUUGGAUUGCUUUUGGCAGUGGUGAAAGUUGCUAACUGAUCCAGUAGCUGCUCAAGAUCAGCUACGGUAAAUAGAUAUUGAAUCCUUUGCGAUAUAUGUGCAGUGGUGCCUUGAGAUAUGAGUGAACCGCGAUUUCGAGAUACAAGCUGUCGUUCAGCCAACUUUUUGCUUUGACUUGCAAGCAAAAUUGGACAUGCAGUAAGUGUGCUGCAUGGUGGCAGUGAAUUCAACACAACUUGCUUCACAACAAGCAUCAAUUUGACAUAGUGAACAAUAAAUAAAAGGCUUCAAACUUUUUAAUGCUACUCCCUGCUGACAUUUACUGUCAAAGUAAACAUUAAACAAAGAGAAUUACAUAUCGAGUAAUAUUUUACACAAACACAUAGCUUUGGCUUGAGUCCACUUAGCAUCACGCUAACAAACGCCAUUGACGGGCUAACGAAUAGUAUGCAUGUGGCGGUGUUACACUUUAAAGAAUGGAUAUUUGAAAACAAACCAUGCAGCAACACGUUUACAGACCCUAUAACAAUACUCACAAUAAACAUGGUCCACAAUAAUAAUCAUAAUAAUAAUAGCUUAGAUUGAUACAACACCUUUCAAGAGACCCAAGCACACCUGUGAAACACAACUAAUAUUACUGCAGCUUACUGAGUCAUUUACAAUAGUUGUGAAACUCUUCUUCGUUUGUGUCUGCAUGACUGCAUUAUACUACCCCCGGGUGGCCAAGUCACAUAUAUCAAAAGAAGUGAAUUCAUCAUAAUGCAUUUAAUCCUUUAUAGUCUAUUUCAUUAUGUAAUUACUGUUUUAUCAAGUAAAAUAUGCACUUUGCUAUUUUCUUCAUUCAAAAACAAUAGAAAAGGUUGAGGUGGAGGCUGAAAUGGAUUAAUUGCGUUUCCAUUCAUGUCAGUGGGGAAUGAUGAUUUGAGAUAGGAGUGUUUUGAAUUACAAACAUGGAUACAGAACGAAUUAAACUCGUAUCUCAAUGUACCACUGUAUUUAAAAAUUUCCGUCCAGGAAACCACCGCCUAUUCACGAUUUGCUAUUCACAAAUUCACCUAUUCACGUUUUUUUGUGCCCUUUCUCUAACCCCCUAAGAUGUAAAAAGAUGCUGCCAAAGUCCUGGCUAAUAGGAAAAUAGUAAUUGUGUCAAGGAAGUAUUGUUGAAGUGAUACACAUCAACUGAAAGGCUAAGAUCUUGUAUCAGGGAUGAGCUGAGUUUAGCCUGGGUUGUUAGUGGAAGUUAUAUAGAGCCUUGUGCACUUCUGGUGUGUUUUAAAAAAAAAAAAUUUUUUUAAUGCAAUCAUCUGUAGACUGUUCACUUAAAGGGUAAUGUUAAAUGAGGUUGUAAUGAUAUUAAAAUAUUUUGGGAUUAAAUUUUUGCAAUAUUUACUGUAUGCUUUAAACUAUUAAUAUAAGCAGUUAUAAACUUCAUAAGGUUGGUUGUUUAGGUCUAUCAAUUGUCUGUAUCACUGAGGCAAAAACAACAAAAUGGCUUCUGGGUAAGGAGUAAUUGGUAUUUUUUU